AUGGCCGGAGACAAAAAAGGCCAUUCAGGGGAAAAGGGUGGCGUUAAUAACUGUAAAUCAAGGAAUUGUUCCCAGUAUUCGAGGAGUGGGAUUUCGGUAUUGAAUACUACUGUCUCGGAGACUAAUAGGUGCCCAAUUAUUGAAAGAUGGUCAAAUUCAUCAAUUUACGUUGCUUUGACUGCCAAUAUGGAUGGUAAUAAAUCAACACCCUCUUCUUGUGCAAAUUUUGUGAUUUGGUUAGUGAAUCUGCAUUUUAUUGGACGGUAUAUUAAUACAGUAGUACGGUAUAUUACAUUAUUACUGGACGGUAUAGAUCCAAAUUCUUUGAGUUUAGCUCUUGUGACUUUUCCAGAAACCUGGUCAUUGAUAUGUAAUCAGCAGUGUAUUGGUAGGGGAUUUGGGAAUCCCGGAUUAAGAACUCCAAUUGUGAAUUACAAUGUUAAUGUCCGGGAUGAAAUUCGAAGAGCAUAUGUACAAAGGGGUCCAUGUCAGCCUCGAAAUCAUAAAUAUCCACAAAAAGAAUUUGGAGAUUUGUCCUUAAGGCGAUUUAAAUCUUCCUGGUUUAAUGACUUCCUUGAUUGGUUGGAACAUAGCAUAGAAAAAGAUGCUCUAUUUUGUUUUUAUUGUUAUUUUUUCAAAUCAAAUAGUGAAGAACAUGGUGGUGGUGAUGCUUUUGUUGAUGGAGGGUUUUCAAAUUGGAAAAAGAAAAGACAGCUUCGAACUCAUUCGAAGAGAACAAAAGACGAGUACCGAGUUCGUUUGAAUGCAUCAAUUGAUUGUGUUCGAUUACUUUUACAGCAAGGGCUUUCAUUUCGUGGAAACGAUGAAUCUGAAGAUUCAAGAAAUCAUGGGAAUUUUCUUGAACUGUUGAAGUGGUUAUGUGAUCAUAAUAAUGAGACUAAGGCUUCUUGUUUGAAAAAUGCUCCCGAAAAUCUUCAAUUGACAUCACCUAGUAUUCAAAAGGAUAUUGUGAGUGCUAUUGCAUUUGAAACACUUGAUAUUAUUAUGAAAGAUAUUGGUGAUGGGUUGUUUUCUAUUCUUGUUGAUGAAUCUUGUGAUGUUUCAGUGAAGGAGCAGAUGUCAAUUGUUUUACGUUAUGUGAAUAAGAAAGGAAAAAAUCCGUGUGGUUUCUAUAUUCAUUGCUUUGCUCAUCAGCUGCAACUAGCUCUUCUAAUUGUGGCAAAGAAACAUGCAGAGAUUGAAAUGUUCUUUACACUAGUAAAUAAAUUGGUGAAUGUUGUUAGGGGAUUGACUAAGCGGUGUGAUCUUCUUCGAGAGAAGAAGAGGCUUGAAGUUGUUGAAUCAUUGAAUUUUGUUGAUGUCAUUGAGAUGAUUGCCACUGAUGCAACUAGUUUUGGACAUAGAGGUAAAGCUCGUAUUCUAUUAGGAUUUAUAUUGACAUUUGAUUUUGUAUUCAGUCUGCAUCUCAUGAAAUGGGUAUUGGGUAUUUCAGAUGAGCACAACAUUGAUGUUCCCAACAUGGAUGAUAUGUUUAUACCUCUAGGUCCUUCACGGGGUAAAACUCAAGGAAUAACAAAUCUACAUCAUUUUCGUGUGGAUUUCUUCUAUGCUAUCAUCGAUCUGCAAAUUCAAGAGUUGAAUGAUCGUUUCUCUGAGGUAUUUAGCAACUUACUCCUUUGUAUUGCAUGCUUAUGUUUGGAAAAUUCAUUUUUUGCUUUCAACAAGGACAAGCUUAUAACAUUGUUGUUAAUUCUUCUAGUUGCUACUGCUACGGUAGAGAGAGUAUUUUCUGCAAUAAAGAUUGUCAAGAAUCGACUACGUAAUCAGAUGGGAGAUUAA